AUGGCAAUGUCUCAUCUUCUUUCGCCAUUGCCAUCUCUCACCUUCUUCCAAACCGGAACCCUAACCGGACGUUCUUCUCUCCCUCUUAACUCUAAUACCCAAUUCCCAAAACCUAGACUUUCCAGGGAAAGAGCCGCCACAUUCGUCCUCCAAUCCAAGGGAGACGAUUCCGUCGAUGCAUCUGAUCGGAUAAUCUCAGCCGUCUGUUACUUCUACCCAUUCUUCGAUGGGAUUCAGUACGGUAAAUUCAUCAUCACGCAGUACCAACCUUUCCAGCUUCUCAUCCAGCCUUUGUUUCCCGCCAUCAAGGCCUUCAAGAGUUUCCCUUUCAAUGGCUUUCUCAUCUUCCUCACUCUCUACUUCGUCGUCGUGAGGAACCAAAACUUCAGCAGGUACGUUAGGUUCAACACAAUGCAGGCGAUUGUGCUCGAUGUGCUGCUGAUUUUCCCGGAUUUGCUUGAGAGGAGCUUCAAUCCCUCAGAUGGGUUGGGUUUGGAUGUGGUGAUGAGUUUGGACAGCACAGUGUUCCUCUUCUUGCUUGUCUCUUUGAUCUACGGAUUCUCUGCUUGCUUGUUUGGUCAGACCCCUAGGUUGCCCAUUGUUGCUGAUGCUGCUGAUAGGCAAGUCCUUUGA